UUUAAUAUUGAAUUGAAAUAGCAAAAGACUCAAAUCAAAAAUCAAUAACAUCAAAUGAAAAUAAAUAUUUAAUAUCAUCACAUCUAAAAUAUAAAUUUUGUUUUUUUUGUGAUUGGUGAAGUGAAUCAUGUUUCAAGUAUAUAUUGGGUAUAAUACUAUCGUCGUAAGUUGCAGGAGUUUAAAAUAAAACGUAGUGUAGUUGUGAUACGGAAUACAACGUGAACCAAAAUCUAAAUUGAUUGAAAUCUAAUCGAAGGUUUUGUUCCUACCCUUUUGGUACUUUCACUUUUAAUUGGAAGACUUAUUCGUUACUCAUUCAUGUGGUCAGGCAAUAUUCUUUUAUCCAUCACAUUCACAUAAUUUUGUUGAAAAAUACUAAUGGUUUACUAAAUGGUGAAAUAUAUUUAGAGAAACAAUUGAAUGGUAAUUGAAAUUUACUUGCCAAGUUAUUAAUAUUAAUUAGUACAUUUAAUACCAUAUUGUAAUAUGGAGGAACUUUACUUAAUAAGUGAAAGUUUAAGGUCUAAGUUAAUUGAUUGCUAUUCACAACAGUUGGAUGAAAUAGAGUUAUUGACUUGUAUGUAUCCUAAUAAAGAAGAAAUAUCAUUUACUGAUAAAAAUGUUCUCAGUGAGAUAAAAAAUUUUGUAGACAGUGAUACACCUUUUAAGCCAAAUCAUUUGGAUUUCAUUAUAAAAUUACAUGUUGAUGGCCUAAAAAUGGAACUGUCCAUUAACUUACCAAGUUUUUAUCCAAUUGAAGGACCAGACAUAUAUUUAAGGUGUAAUCAAUUAAAUCGGCAGCAGGAAACAGCUUUGAAUUCAGAUUUGUCUCUUCAUAUAAAAUAUAAUCACUUGGGAGAAGCAUGUCUAUAUACUGCUAUAAUGUGGCUACAAGAUAAUUUAGAAAAAUAUAAUACUAAAAUACCAACAACAAACAUAACUUCUAAUGACAAAGAAGAUGACGAGAAGUUUGCAAGAUUCUGGAUUUAUUCUCAUCAUAUUUAUAGCAAAAAAAAGAGAGAAGAUAUAAUGAAAAUGGCUAAAGAGUACAACUUGACUGGAUUCUGCUUGCCUGGAAAACCUGGUAUAAUCUGUGUAGAAGGUACAGAGUAUAACUGCCAUGAAUGGUGGAAAAUUAUUAAAUCAAUGUGUUGGAAGAGAAUUACAUUAAGACAAUCAGAAAUUUUUGAUGUGUCUAAGAAACCUGAGGAGAAAAGAUUUACAAAAUUUGAAGAGUUACAGUUUAAAACUGCAUCAUCAAAACGUGUAAACCAUGCUGAUAUGAGUGAAUUUUCAAAAUACAUGGAACAGUUCAGAUUGUCACAAGUGUUUAAUGAUAUUUUUGGCUUAUGUAAUGUCAACAAUGAAUAGUAUAUUGUGGCCAAGCAGUACAAUGAAAACCAAAACAUAGACUAUAUAUUUUUAUUUUAAGUUUAUAUUCUUUACCUAUUCUAUAAAAAUUUACAUGGACUUUUCAUGACUUUAUUACAGUGCAAUGUAAUGGUGCUCACAGAUUUAUAUUUGAAAUUGUUAUUUCUUAUUUUUAAACAAAAUUAUUGUAAAAGUGUUGUUGUCUACUUGCUAUUCUUUUGAAUUACUCUUGUAAAAUUCUUUUUUAAAAUCUAUUAGCCAAAUUACAAUCACAAAACUAUGUAAUGUAUAAUAAAUUAAUUAUAUGUAUAUA